AUGGCGGUGUCGACCAGUUUCGCCGGAGCAAAAUUGGAGGCUCUGUUGUUGAAAUCUUCUUCGUCGGCGGCGACGACGUCGUCGAGGGCCUCCAAUGGUUCUUGCACGUUGUCCGGGUCUUUGAGACCCGUCAGGAGCAGAAGAGCUGUGAUUCAGAGGGGAGUGAGGUGCGAAGUGGCUGCUUCUGAUGCUGCUGUCCAGACCGGUCAGAGUGUUUCCAAUAUUUCGGCUCUUGAGCAGCUCAAGACCUCUGCUGCUGAUAGAUAUACAAAGGAAAGAAGCAGCAUUGUGGUCAUUGGGCUUAGUAUUCACACAACACCUGUUGAAAUGCGUGAAAAACUAGCCAUCCCAGAAGCAGAAUGGCCUCGAGCCAUAGGGGAGCUGUGUGGCUUAAAUCAUAUAGAAGAAGCUGCUGUUCUCAGCACCUGCAACCGAAUGGAGAUAUAUGUUGUUGCUCUAUCUCAGCAUCGUGGUGUCAAAGAAGUGACUGAGUGGAUGUCAAAGACAAGUGGGGUCCCUGUUUCUGAGCUAUGCCAGCACCGGUUUUUGCUCUAUAAUAAGGAUGCCACACAGCAUCUCUUUGAAGUAUCAGCAGGUCUUGACUCUCUUGUCCUGGGAGAAGGUCAAAUUCUUGCUCAGGUGAAACAAGUUGUUAAAGUUGGGCAAGGAAUUGUUGGCUUCGGCAGGAACAUUAGUGGGCUGUUCAAGCAUGCAAUCACCGUAGGAAAGCGGGUUAGAACUGAGACUAACAUUGCUGCUGGGGCAGUUUCUGUAAGCUCUGCUGCUGUUGAACUUGCCUUGAUGAAGCUUCCUGCAUCCUCACAUGCUAGUGCGAGAAUGUUGGUGAUUGGUGCUGGGAAGAUGGGGAAGCUUGUGAUCAAACACUUGGUGGCAAAAGGUUGCACAAAGAUGGUGGUUGUGAAUAGAACCGAGGAGAGAGUGACUGCAGUCCGUGAGGAGUUGAAUGGUGUUGAGAUAAUCUACAAGCCUCUCACAGAAAUGCUUACCUGUGCAGCUGAGGCAGAUGUGAUUUUUACAAGCACGGCAUCAGAAACCCCAUUAUUUUUCAAAGAGGAUGUAAAGGACCUUCCUGUUGUGGGUCCAGAGACUGGCGGUUCGAGGUUUUUUGUUGAUAUUUCUGUCCCUAGGAAUGUGGGCUCAUGUGUCGCUGAUGUUGAUGGUGUGCGAGUUUACAAUGUUGAUGACCUUAAGGAGGUUGUGGCUGCUAACAAAGAGGAUCGCCACCGGAAAGCAAUGGAAGCUCAGGAAAUUAUUACUGAAGAAUCAAAACAAUUUGAAGCAUGGAGGGAUUCAUUGGAGACAGUCCCUACCAUCAAGAAAUUAAGAGCUUAUGCUGAAAGAAUCAGAGCUGCAGAGCUUGAGAAAUGUUUAUCAAAAAUGGGUGAUGACAUCUCAAAGAAAACUAGAAGAGCUGUCGAUGAUCUUAGCCGAGGUAUUGUGAACAAGCUCCUUCAUGGUCCAAUGCAGCACUUAAGAUGCGAUGGGAGUGAUAGCCGAACUCUGAGUGAAACCCUUGAGAAUAUGCAUGCUCUUAAUAGAAUGUUCAGUCUUGAGACAGAAAUUUCGGUCUUGGAACAGAAGAUUCGAGCUAAGGUGGAACAAACCCAGAAGUAA